AUGCUGCAGCCCAUGACGGUGCUGCUCCCGGGGUGGCGCGCGGAUUGCAGGCUCCACCCUGGCGAUCCCCGCGUCGACUCCCGCGAGGGAGGCUGUUGGUUUUUAGAGACUCUCGCUGAUUAUGAUCAAGUAAAUGCGCCCAACAUGGCUGCUGCUGAGAUUGUCGCUCGCGAGAUACAGGUCGCUGAAGAGCGAUCUCGUGACGAGGUCGUUGGUGAUCGCGGUGACCGGCUCGAUUCUAACCUUGCUAGGGACGCUGAUCUGGUGCGCGGGAAUCUUUGCGUCAUGCCUGAGCUCACUCAGUGGAUCGCGAGUGAACUUGCCGAGGAGUCAGCUGUCAUGAAGGGGCGUCGGAAGGCGCGCGAGGAGCCCGCCCUUACGCGCCCAAAGAAGAAGGGCAAGGAGCAGCGGCUGGCUAGGAGCUCGCAUGCGAUAGACUGGGCCUCGGAUGACACGACGUGUCUCAACGAAUUGGUUGGCUUCAACACCCCGGCAUCUUCGGUGCGGAAUGCCAGUCAGGCGGCGGCGCUUAGCAACAUGGAGUCGGUUCAUCUUAGUGUGCCGCCUCCGCCCGGCGACCCUGGGUUUCGCGGUGGAGCCCUCGACGCGCUCUUUGCCGGGCCGGGCCUCUACCCGGAAGAGGCCCCCACCCAACGGCCGCAUGUCAUGAGCAAGGUCUCUUGGCCAGCGCGGGGCAACGCUCCUGCGUGUCUUUCAGACAGCCCCGCUCAGGCCGACUCGAAGUGGCUCGGCCUCUGGCGCGGUCGCACGCUAAGAUCGCCUGCUGCCGCGGAUUUGCUGCGCGCGGAACUGUGCCCGACUGGCCCCUACGCCGAUCCGAUUUUGAAGAACAGCCUUCUUGCUAACGGCGAUUGUAUCUCCGAGCUGAGGCAGCGGGGGAUGGCGAGGUAUCGCAGGGCUGCUGGACGAGGUUCCACUGUCGGAAUAUUCCUCGGCGUCAGAAAGUCAGGUGCCUCCCGCUUCGGCAUCGGAGCGUGCACUCUCGUUGCGUCGCUGGAAAAUGGCGAGAGAGGUAGGCAGAUCUGCGGGGCGCUGGAGAUGCCAGGGGCUCCGCGUGACACCGCGCCGUUCGAGGGCAUCGAGGAUCUCCAGAAGUUUCUAGAGGCAUCGGAGGCCGCGUUCGAGCAGGCGCCGGAGGUCGUGCUGAAGGGUCCCUGGGUUACGGUGCUCGCCUCAAAGGUUCUAGUGGAUGCCAAUGUACUGGAGCUCGAGGGGGAGGCCGUGAUGGUGGCCGCCAAGCAUGUCAUGAGGUGGCCUCGCCAGCGGGCGAAGCCGGACUCGCCGGCAGGCGUGCUGAAGGAGCGGCGGGUAGCCUCCGCGCCUCGCCUCGUGGUGGCUCGCACUCUGGCGGGCUGCUUCAGCCUGCCGGAGAACCUGGCUGCGACGCCGGGCACGGAGCUGCCGCGCGUGGGCGCGGCGGCGCUUUCCCUGCAGGGCUGCCGGGGCAUUGGUCUGUCGCACCUCAUCCUGGAGCUGCACAAGAUGACGACCGUGAAGCUUCCGCGGGCCAGCCGCUGCCUGGUCGCCGGGCACAGGGGGCCCCGCGUGGCGUUCCUGCUUCGCGGGAAGCACCUAGUCGCCCCGAAGGUCGCGGCGGGCGGGCAGUGCAGCUCGCGGGGCCUGCUGCUCCACGACGCGAUGUGCGAGUUGCUGCUGCCAUGCCUCGAGGCGCUGGAGGCGCAGCCGCUCGACGUCGGCAGCCCGUUGGACUUCUCGACGGCCGAGCCGCAGAGACAGCGCGGCAAGACGACUCGCCUGCUGCACGCGAUGGCGAAGGUGUCCGAGGACCACCUCAAUCCCGCGCUUGAGAAGGUCAUUGUUGGGUGGCUGACCUCGGGAUGUAUUGUGGCGCUGUGGUUGGGCACUCCCUGCGCAGCGUGGACGCGCGCCCUUCGCCGCCUCUUGCGGAGCAGCUCCGCCCCGUUUGGAGUCGACGGCCUGACUGGCGCUGAGCUUGAACGCUUGCGGAUCGGCAGCGCUACGUUUCUUUCCAGUAUCGUGCUCAUCAACAUAUGCUUUGCUGCCGAUAUCCCUGUCUUCCUCGAGAACCCUCGGACGUCGGUCACGUGGUGGACAGGGCGGAUAAAAUAUCUCAUGAGAGCAGCCGCUCUGCCCGAGGCGGCCGCUGAGACGACCGCCGAGCCGGGGCCGCCCACGACCACGGAGGCUGCGGAGCCAGAGGAGCAGCCGCUGGCCUCGCCGGCCUCGCUCUUCUGCUUCUCGCUGGUCGUGCCCUGGACGGACGAGGGGGCCCUGCUGGAGCUGCAGCAGCGGCGAGGGGUGGGCAUCUUCGCGUGCGACGGCACCGCGGUGUACAGCAACCCCGGGGGCCGCCACGGGGAGCUGGACACGAGGCUGGUGGACAUCGACUUGCACUGCGAGCGGGGUGGCCUGUGGAACACGAUGAUGAACACGCCCAUCUUUGCCAAACUCUGGAACACCGUCGUCCAGGACGGCCAGUUCAAGGCGCACGCCUGGACGGCGAAGACGGACCCCGACACGGUCUUCCUGCCCGACGUCCUGAAGUCGAUCCUGCAGUCGCCCGACUACCCCCUCGACCGGGCGCAAGAGAACAAGGGCCAGUUCCUGAACGGCUGCUUCAUCGGCCUCCACGGCCCCCUGGAGGUGCUCUCCCGGAGAGCGCUCGAGGUGUACGGGGAGGGCAACGAGGAGUGCGGCCAGCCGGUGGAGGAGGACGUGUACAUCCGAGGCUGCCUGCAGUUCCUGGGGGUGUUCCAGCAGGACCAGUUCGACAUCCCCCCGUGGUCCGGCGGCUGGCACCCCUGA